AGAUAGCCACCGAUACCGCCCACGCUCCUAGCAUUCGAGUUCGACGCCGUGCUAUUACAACAACUCCGGCGCUCGUCACCUAUGUCCGGUUUGUUCACACCAUGGCGUCCGUGCACCGUGAUGAUCCGCGGCCCCGAGUCAGGCAAAUUUGUGGAAGCUUUGCCAGACGGGAAUCUCGCGGCCGCCGCCUCUGCCGGCGGGACCGCUUUCUCCUUCGAAGACGGUCGCACGACGUAUGGCGUUCUCAAACGUUACAUUCUCAACUGUUCCAUGAAAUUUGUCAUGCAAGAACGGCAAAAGUGAAAGGGAAAAGAUUGGGCCUUUUGCAUUACAGGUUUGGAGCAGAUUAUAAUGCUAUCUACCGCGUCGAGAAGUUGUCAUGCGGAGAAGGCUUGAUCGUGUGAAGAGCGAUAGUGUUUUUGCAUGACAAAUCAUGUAACAGUUGAGAAUGUAACAUUUGAGAACGCCAUACGACGCUGACAGGCUCGGGCGUGGUGUUCGGUACGAUUACUGCUACACAGCGACAGGCAGCAAACGUCGACCAAAAAGUGGCUGUUCAAGAAUCGAGUGCCAGCGGGUCAGAAUUUGUCCCGUCCACCGGCAUUGCCCAUUUUUCGCUGUUUCAGCCUUUCCUACGCAGUGUGGCUACGAAUGGUGAGAGCCAUGUGGACAAACCAGAUGAGCAGCAUGAUGCCCAGACCGAUUUUGAGCAUGUACUCUUGCCAGAAACGGAAGUAUUUGUCAAAGUUCAACAUCAAGAAGCAGCGGAUGGUCGGAGCGAAAACUUGAUCCAAAGCACAAACCAGUCUGCAGCAUCUCAAUUUCACAUGGUGAAAGUUCGGCCGACGCGAAUUUUGCACGCAGGGAAUGCGCAACAAGAGUUUAUGAGGCACGCAGGGCCUUGCAAAAUGUCCCUUGAUGGAACAAGUGGUGCUGCCAUUGCUUCCGAAGGGAGUGAGGACGCCUGGCUUUCUGUGACGGAGCGCACGCAGCUGGCGAAGGUUCCCGUGUGUUGCAUUGCGGCGGCUAGUGGUCUUGGAUCUCCGUUGACCAGCAACGCCGGUAUUCGUGACGGCACCUUGUUCCACCCAGCGUUUCUCUUCGUCGAGUUUGAGGCGAACAACAAACCAACAGAGGUUGGAGCGCCUGAUGCGAAUGUCGGAGAUGAGCCGCCAGGUGCAAAUCUUCUGGCAGCAGGAGGUGGCGGCACGGUUCUACAUGAACAUGAUCGAAGCCAUAACCAAUACCGCCACACAGCAAGAAGCGUAAUUCCCACGGGCAGCCAAGUUCUCCUGCAAGCCGGUGCGUAUGGGCACACGAGCCUCUUUGCGAAUUUGAAAAUCCGGUCUUCCAUCGCGAACAGGUCUGAUUUCAUGUACUUGCUGGAUGCAGUGACGCACGAGGGUAUGGCGGGCGGGGCUGUGUCUGUUCGUCGAAGAACUAGCGGAGAUGAGCAGCAUGAGGAUAGGCUAAUUGGGCUGCUACUGCCUCCACUGAAAGUUGGAACGAUCGCUGAUGGGAGCGGGGCAGGAACUGCUGGGUCGCCUGGAACAAGUGAUGCUUUUUCCUUGGCUGUGGCACUGACAAGUGCCGAUGCUGGAGGUAAUGGAGACAGGAGCUUGAGGAGCAAAAUGAAACUGGAAGCCGUGAUGACAUGUAGCGGGAAUGAGAUGAUGGAGACACUAACCACAAGCACAUUAGAGGUUCACAAUCUUCAACCCGAGCGGUCAUUGAAAACGACCGACCCUUUCUUCCGCCGCAGCGUGGCUCGACUCGUUCACCCAGACCGUGGCACUUGGGGCACAGCGGUCGUUCUGACGACAAAACCAAGAGCUUUUUUCCUGACCUGUGCGCACGUUGCGCGCGACACGAGGUUCAUGCGUGUGCAGCUGCCCCCGGCUCAGGGGAUGGAUUCGUAUGUGAAACGCACAAGUGCCGAGGCCGACCUGCUACAGCGCCACACAGCAUUCGUAACGAUCCGCAAAGUCUGGGAUGGAUUCACGAGUGGCUCUGGGAUGGACGCCGCAUUGCUUGUUGUAGACAGCACUGCGCAACAAAAGCUGGUAGAGGAAUGCUUCGAAGAGGUACCCUGGGUGACUGAUGAAACAAAAAUGCCCCUGAGCAGAAAAGACGGCUCCGAUAGAACAACGGAAUGCGCCGCCGUCGGCUUUCCUGUCUUCGAGGACCAGAGCUUGUUCCAAAAUUUUCAACCGACUGUCACCAAGGGCCUUGUGUCGUCAGUGAAGCUUGGAAACAAAACGGUUAUGCUCCGAAGUACCGCCGCAGUGCAUAACGGAAAUUCCGGCGGAGCCUUGGUUUUGCCAGGAAGAGGACUGAUAGGGCUGCUCGUCAUGAACAUUCAACGCGGAGGAGCACCAGCAAUCCCUGAUAGCUCAGCGGACGCGGAACAAGAUGAACAUGAUGCGAGUGCAUCACGAAAGAGCGAGGCAGAGGAAGGCAAAGACUCGUUAUCGUCGCCGCAGUAUUACCCACACUUAAACUUCAGCAUUCCCGUCUGGCAAAAGCUCUCGCCGAUCUAUCACUUUUGCAAGAAUUUGAAAAAAAAACACCUGUUUGAGUUCACGUUUUUUAAUAGAAUUGAACCGAUGACACAAAUCGAAAAGCAGUUGUGGCUGCUUGACGAGAAUGCUUCAGCGGGUUUGACACUAGAGGAUGGACAAUUGCAAAUGAAAGACGUUUCCAAACUAGAGCAGCGCGCUGCGUAUGCUAGGACAGUUCUGAAUAUUUUCACGAAUGAGAGCCGAGCGGCAAGGGCCAGACUGUAGCUGCUGAACAAAGCGCGCGCACUGUAUUUUUUUAUUCUUGUG